AUGAGCGAACUUUAUUCGCCAGCGACUCCUCCUUAUACCUUGCCGACACCAACUUCAACUUUCAUCACUUCAAAUAAUAUUUACGUUGGUUGUCAGUUGUAUGUUGAUAUUAAAAAGGACGGACAAGGGGAACGGGAAUAUCGUAAAGCACAGGUUUUAACAAUUCGCGAGGCUAAUAGAUCUUCCCGAAAUAAUAUUGUUAGCAAUGAUGAAAACAAUAACGAUGAUUUCCAAUGUGAAUAUUAUGUUCAUUAUUUGGAAUACAAUAAAAGAUUGGACGAAUGGGUGACUAUAGAUAGAAUUGAUUGCUCAAGGCAGAUUGAACCACCGAAUGCCACUCCAUCGGUAUCCAAUGGUGCCACCCCACCUCCAUGUACAAUGGCGUCACCAUAUUUGGGAUCGCCAUUAAGUAUUGGAAGUGUCACACCGUCACCAUCGCCUGCUCCUCAUUUGACUCGAGAGCAAGAACUGGAGAAGCUUCGACAUCACGGCGCGAUGACAAAUUCACAAUCAAAUAUUGUCAAAGUAAAAAAUAUUGAAAAGAUCCAGAUCGGGCGAUACAUUGUUUCUCCGUGGUAUUUCUCACCAUAUCCAGAAGAGUUUUGCGAUGAGCCAAUGAUCUAUAUAUGUGAAUAUUGCCUUUCUUAUUUUGCAAAAGAACGACAAUUACGUCGACACUUGAAAAAAUGUAAAUUGUUACAUCCACCUGGAAACGAGAUUUAUCGUGACUAUGAUCCAAAUAUAUCAUUUUUUGAAGUCGACGGUCACCAUCAAAAAACAUAUUGUCGAAAUCUCUGCCUACUCUCAAAAUUAUUUCUCGAUCACAAAACUCUUUAUUACGACGUGGAUCCGUUUCUCUUUUACAUCUUGUGCGUUCGUGACAAAAAAGGAUGUCACAUAGUGGGACAUUUUUCCAAAGAGAAAGAUAGUCAGGAAGGUCACAACCUCGCCUGCAUCUUGACAUUACCACAAUAUCAAAGACAAGGCUACGGUAGGCUAUUAAUUUCUUUCUCAUAUGAGUUAUCAAAGGUGGAAGGGAAAAUCGGGACACCCGAGAAACCACUCUCUGAUCUUGGACUAUUGUCGUAUCGAUCGUAUUGGAGUGAGACGAUAAUUGAUCUGUUGCUGGAGAUGCAUUCAAACAAAGAGGAAAUUUCGAUUCACGAUAUUUCAGAAACAACCAAAAUUGACCCGAAAGAUAUUUUACAGACGUUACAGAGUCUUGGAGCACUCAAACCUUAUCGCGCUCAACAAAUUAUCUUUUUGUCUGAUAGUGUUUUGGCGGCGCAUAAAAGAGCAAAGAAGAAAAAUCUUGUUAGUAUUGAUGAAGCAUUGUUGCAUUGGACACCACCUCGUUUCACCCAGAGUCAAUUAAAAUACGCGUAUUAA